CAGGAAGCCAUUACGCAGCUGGCUGGCAGCGGCUGAGCGAGUCGGAGCUGGGCCCUACGCAGUUUGCGUAACGAGGGGGGUUACCAAAGGCCUGGUGCUUGGCCUUGGACAAGCCCAGCCUAUCCUCUGUAGGAGGGGGUGGGUGAGGAGCGAGGCUAAGGGAGAAGAGAAGGGGAAUUAGGGCGGGUAGGGGAUUAUAAUUUCUUUAAAAAGCGGGGUGGGGAGAGGCCAUGGCUGUCCCAGCCAAGAAGAGGAAGAUGAACUUCUCUGAGCGAGAGGUGGAGAUCAUCGUGGAGGAGUUGGAAUUGAAGAAGCACCUGCUGGUGAACCACUUCAACGCCGGGGUCCCUCUGGCUGCCAAGAGCGCAGCAUGGCAUGGCAUCCUGAGAAGGGUCAAUGCCGUGGCCACCUGCCGCAGGGAGCUGCCCGAGGUCAAGAAAAAGUGGUCUGAUCUCAAGACCGAGGUCCGUCGCAAGGUUGCCCAGGUCCGGGCGGCUGUGGAGGGUGGUGAGGCCCCAGGGCCCACUGAGGACGACGGAGCCGGUGGGCCUGGGACAGGUGGUGGCAGUGGCGGUGGUGGCCCAGCUGUAGCCCCCGUACUGCUCACCCCCAUGCAACAACGCAUCUGCAACCUCCUGGGCGAGGCCACCAUCAUCAGCCUGCCCAGUACCACAGAGAUCCACCCCGUGGCCCUUGGACCCACAGCCACUGCAGCCGCAGCCACAGUCACCCUGACACAGAUCCCGGCAGAGACCACCUACCACACGCUGGAGGAGGGAGUGGUGGAGUACUGCACGGCUGAGGCGCCCCCGCCCCUGCCGCCCGAGGCCCCCGUGGAGGUGAUGGCCCCGCACGCUGACGCCUCGGUCAAGCCACAGGCGCUCAAGAGCCGCAUAGCCCUCAACUCCGCCAAGCUGAUCCAGGAGCAGCGGGUCACCAACCUGCACGUGAAGGAGAUCGCCCAGCACCUGGAGCAGCAGAACGACCUGCUGCAGAUGAUCCGCCGCUCCCAGGAGGUCCAGGCCUGCGCCCAGGAGCGCCAGGCUCAGGCCAUGGAGGGCACCCAGGCGGCCCUGAGCGUCCUCAUCCAGGUCCUCCGGCCCAUGAUCAAAGAUUUCCGCCGCUACCUGCAAAGCAACAUGCCCACCCCUGCCACUGCCUCUGACCCUGGACAGGUGGCCCAGAACGGGCAGCCUGACGGCGUCAUCCAGUGAGGGCCGGGGUCCAGCCAGCCUUCCACCGUGAGUGGAUGACACGCCGUGGUCUUGCAAGUGGGUCGUGUGGUUGGCCUCAGGCUGGGACCCGCCCCGUGGACAGCUCCCAAUUCGAUAGACAUUUAGGGGUCCACUGUUUCUGAGGCUGGAAGGAGACUGGGCAGAAGAAUGGGUUGGGUUCCUAGGACUCAAACUCUCUUACCCCUGCCCCUUGAACUGUCCUGCAAAGAGCCUGAAGAUUGGCUAGGUGGGUGGGGGUCGGGUGGCUGGUGAUGGGACCCAAGUUGGCAUGCGCCAGGGCCUGUGACAUGACCCAGACUCAGACCAGGACCACUGCAAGAAACAGUCUCUCCCUAGCGGGGGGUGGGGAGGGAUAGGGUCUCACAGCCGGGCAUCUGCGCUGAAACACCCCCUCCGUCGAGGUGCCAUCUUCCGGAGUAAGAUAAUGUCAGUAGCUGGCGGUAGCACCAUAAUAUCUCCUUCCUCCCUUGGGAGGCAGACCGACGUGUGGGCCUGAGGAGGAAACCCCACCCUUUCCUCCUUGUCACUGUGCCUCAGUUCUCAGGGGACUCUAGUUAGCGCCAUGCUCUUCACCCACCCAGCGCGCCUGGGCACAGCAGGGGCCCCUGCAUGACACCCAGGCUGCGGCCCAUCAGGAAUGCUGGGUGUGGUGGGGACAGCUUGGCCGCCGUCUGGUCUUCCACUGCGACCCCGGGGCAGCCCUUUGGUGGUCUGUCCCAACGGCUUUUGACUCAGGUCAAGCAUCAGGCUUUGGGUGCUGUCAAUUUUCUUUGCUGUCCCACAGCAGCAGCUCUGAGGCGACCUGUGGGCUCCUUCCAGAAGGCUUGCUUCAAGCCAGUGGUAUUUAUUCGGUGCAUGAACCUGCUCUGGGAAGGCCUCCAGGACUUCGGAGGGCCGCUCUGGCCACGCCCUUCCUCCUUUCCGCUCUGCUGCCUGGGUGUUUCCCAAACUCAGUGCAGAGAAACACCUGCUCAGCAUCCUCCCCCCGUGACUCCCUUCUCACCGUGUUCAGCGCCUCGUGUUUGUGUUCUCGGGAGACCUCCACCCACUAGUUGGAGGAAGCUGAAGGCCUGGUUGGCCCUGAUGGGUGCGGUGAGGGAGUUGAAGGAGACCUACGAAGUGGGACCUUGGACUUUUGUGCUUGGGGAACAGCAGACCAGUCUCGGGGUGCUGACAGAGGUGGUGUUCCCUGUUCCGUCUUGACACUUUCUCCCCAUUUGUAGAGACUUUACCCAAGUGGCAUUUGUCUGUUUUGUCUGCAGAGCAGCCACAGUCCCCAAUCAUUUCCUGCUUGCCUUUUCUUUUUCCUUUUUUUUCUUUCUUUCUUUUUUCUUUUUUGGCU